GUCAUUAUCGCAGCUUCUUGUUUGGCAGGAUGUGAUGUAGCCUGCACGUGUUAAAGGUCAAAUCUUCUGUCAAAAUGUCAACUACACCUGAUGAUUCUAAGAUGGGCAAGCUUGUAUUCUGUGUCUUCAUAUUCUUCAUUAGUCAGACAGUAUAUUGUCGUGAACCUCGAGGAUGGGAACACAGAGCGGACAGAAGUAUUGUAAUCGAACGGCUUUCCACGGGCUGAUUACACUCUCGGUAUCUCCGCCACCCGCAUCGACAUGUACGUCAUCUAUCAGCAGCUCGCCACCUGCGCCCACAAACGCUACAUCAGCAAAAAGCAGUUCCUCAUUAUCUACAAGCAGUACGGUCCUAACGAGCACCAGCCAAACAACCACAAGUUCCAACAGACAAAUAGUAAAUCACCAACAACACAAACAGUAAGCUCCCCAGCAGCCACAUCGACAACCAUCAGUACAUCAUCGAUAACGACCAGUGAACCAGCAACAAUCUCAACUGAAGGCAAUGUCACCUCUAACGAAACAUACACAACAGUCAGCGAGGUCACAUUUACCAGUGAAUUAUUGACAUCCAUCGAAAUGUCAUCAGCAUCCACCAACAAACUGUUCACUGUCUCCGAUGAAUCGUUACCAACAACUGCCUCGCUAGAACCUUCCAACAGUAAUGACCUCUCGACCAUGACUACAAGUUCGCCCACUGUCAUCACUAAAACAUCUACCAUUCUCACAUCACUGACUACGGCUCACCAAUCAACAGGAUCCACGUCUUCACGUGACUCGGGGGUGGAGUUACGCCAGGGGUCAUCGGUGGGAGUGUGAUGGGAGUUGCUGCUCUUGUUUUCCUUGUUGGUUUUGUCUUCGUCAUCUACAAGAAACGACGGGGUCCAGUCGCAUUCCUGGCGGUCAGUACUGACACAGACGAUUUACAAGAACUCAUGGAGACGUAGCUGUUACACACGCUGUUGAACAUGUGUGUGAUAAUGAAAUAAAAUGCUACACAUAAAUGUAUUCCUCGACCCCUGUUGUUCUUUAGGAAAAAUUUGUUAUAUCGGGACAUUUUGAACGUUUCUGAAAUGAUGGUUAAGGAAGAAAUGUGAAUGCUUGUUCACAUUUUUGUUUCGAUGCAAUUGAUCAUGUCUAAUUAUGAUCUACUCGCUCUUCUAAUCAGCAUCAAAUAUAAAACUCUGAUAAUACUAGCGAUGUUCGAGGAUACAUUUCUGUGUUCACGUGCACAUUUAUAGCUUUGAAAACAUUGAACGAGACGAAGAAGCAGACACAGAGAUUAAGGUUGACAGUAUAACAAAA